AUGUCAACUUGGGUUGUUUUUGAAACCCACCAUCCUCGAUCGUUGAUUUCUUCUUCUCCAUCUCCUACUUCUUCUUCCUCUUCUGGUUCUUCGUCGCCUUACGAUGGUGAUUACAGCCAGAAACAGUCUUCCUCGGGCGGAAAAAUAAGCCCAGCUAUACUGUUCGUCAUUGUAAUUCUAGCAGUCGUGUUCUUCAUUUCUGGUCUUCUCCAUUUACUCGUCAGAUUUCUCAUGAAGCAGAGAGGUUCGGCUUCGAUGUCCGACUCCAACCCGCAGCGGGAUGUCUCUGGGAGUGAUGCGUUUCAAAGACAGUUACAGCAGCUCUUCCAUCUCCAUGAUUCUGGUCUAGAUCAAGCUUUUAUUGAUGCCCUGCCUGUGUUUCCUUACAAAGACAUUAUGGGUCUAAAGGAGCCGUUUGAUUGCCCCGUUUGUCUUUGUGAAUUUUCUGAGAAAGACAAGUUGAGAUUGCUUCCCAUGUGUAGCCAUGCCUUCCAUAUAGACUGUAUAGACACAUGGUUGCUUUCAAAUUCGACUUGCCCUCUUUGUAGAGGCAGCCUUUAUUCAGCCGGGCUUUCUUUUGAGAACCCAGUUUUUGAUAUGGAAGCACAAUUACUGAGGGAUGAAGAGGUUCAAAGCAAUGCAGAAGGAAGUGGGAUAUUGGUGAGUGUUACAAAUACAGGAGGGAAAAAGCCAGGGGAGAAUGCCAGCAUUAUGAAUUCAAAGAGGGUAUUCUCCGUGAGACUCGGCAAGUUUAGGAGCUCGAAUAAUGAAGAGGCAGCAGUGGAGAGACGGCCGGCUGGAGAGACCAGUAGCAGUAAUUUGGAUGCGAGGAGGUGUUUCUCGAUGGGUUCAUAUCAGUAUGUGGUGGCUGAUUUGGAGUUGCAGGUCACCCUAAGCCCUAGUAACAACAACGAUAAUAGCAGCAGCAGCAGCAGCAGAAGAGGUGCCACAAAAAAUAUGGUGAAAGGGAGAAAUGGACAAAUUGAAACGAAUCCUUGUUGUGUAGAUGGGGAUGCUGAUGGGAAAAGGAUCAACAGUCGGAGUAAAGGUGAAAGCUUUUCUGUGUCAAAGAUAUGGCAGUGGUCCAGGAAGGGUAAAUUGCCAAGUUCAUGUGAGACCCAGAUGAACAUUUCUUCUUCUGCUGCUGCUGCUACUGUUCCAGUUAGUGUUGGUUUGUUGCCAUGGGAUGAACGUAGAGCCCAACAUCUGGGUACAUAG